AUGCGUAUACUGCCUUUCAUCGCCGCGCUGGCUACCAUUGAAGCCGCAGCUGCGCUUUCACGCCAUGCUAGCGAGGCAAAGGACUGCUCAUGGAGGCCGAGCCCGCUACUGAUUCAAAACGAUCACCUUACAUGUGCGGCUCCGCAGCCCAGCAAACCGACGCAACCGACCGUCAACUGGAGCGUUAAAACGCCCGAGCUAUGGGAUGACCAUGGGGAGCGAUACCAGCCGCCAAGCAGCUACAAGCUCGCACCGCCAUGGACGGGGCCGGAACACUGCUUCACGGAAUUUUGCCUCUUCUCGAACCGAGACGCGAGUCAGGGCAUGGCCCUCGUCACUACAUCCCGCAACGCCUACCUCACCGCUCACUAUCCCGUCCCUCCCGCCAGCGGGGUCGAGUCAACGGCCUUCUACGAAGAGGAGGUGCCCGGCAAGGGCAUCGGCCUGAUUGUCAACCGGACCAUCCGCAAGGGCGAGAUCAUCAUGCAGCGGGUGCCGGCCCUGCUGAUCCAGGAGACGCCGCACUUGGACCUAGAUUCGGAGGUGCGCGAGCAGUUGUACCAGACAGCCGUGGACCGACUGCCUGGGCCUACACGAGAGCGCUUCCUGCGCCAGAUGGGCAACACCCUCUUCGACAAGGUCGAGAAGAACGCGUUCCGCAUGUUCCUCGACGGCAGCGACCACACGCAUUCUCUCCAUCUGGGCGUGUUUCCCGACGUGAGCAGGUUCAACCACGACUGCCGGCCAAACAUACACUACCGCAUCACCAACCUAACCCACACCACCAUCGCCAUCCGCGACAUCCUCCCGGGGGAAGAACUGACCAUCAGCUACAUCUACCCACAAGCCCCCAAAUCCGAGCGCCAAUCCCUCCUCCUCAGCUCAUGGGGAUUUGUCUGCACCUGCAAGCAAUGCACCCUGCCUCCCUCAGAAUCCCUGGCAUCCGACAACCGCAUCCGCCAGAUCAAGCAGCUCGAAGACGAGAUUGAGACCGCCAUCAUGUCCCGUGGUGGCCAGUUGAAACCGGAAAUGGGCGCGAGGCUGAUCGACCUGUACCUGCGAGAGAGUUUGCUCGCCUACCUGGGGCCGACAUACACCCGCGCGGCGCUGAUCUAUUCUAUGUUUGGUAAUGAGUAUAAGGCGCGGGAAUAUGCGCGCGAGGCGGUGGCGGCGCUGGAGAGGGAGGUUGGACCGCACGCGAGGGAUCUGGAGUCGAUGAGACGGUUGGCUGAGGGGGAUCCGAGGGGGCAUUGGUCGUGGGGGGUUCGAUUCAAACGGCUCCUGAUCUUCUGA